AUGCUCACUAUUCCGUUACACUCCACAGAUUCCACGUACGCUCAGAUCCUCGGCCAUUCUCGAUUGCAGAUCCUCGGCCAUUCUCGAUUGCCGAUCCUCGGCCGCCACCCCGAUCAAUCAUAUAGACUAUUCCGUUACACUCCACAGAUUACACGUACGCUCCGAUCCUCGGCCAUUCUCGAUCGCCGAUCCUCGGCCGCUACGAACGUGUGUAUAUUCUUCCGCCCCGAAGCUCCACCGCGUACGCCACCACAUAUGUGUAUAAAUAUCCACCUCGAUCGCUGAUUCUCGCACUUUCUCUUUCUUUCCUUCUCUAGCGUUUUUAUCUUUGUUAUAUAAGACCUAUCAAUAUUAUACCGAUCUAAUCGGCGUAGGCCCCUUACA